AUGGGCCGGGCUCGGGAAGUGGGUUGGAUGGCAGCAGGACUGAUGAUUGGGGCAGGUGCCUGCUACUGUGUUUACAAACUAACCAUAGGAAGAGAUGACAGUGAGAAGUUGGAGGAGGAGGAAGAGGAAUGGGAUGAUGAACAGGAGCAUGAUGAGGAGGAGCCCGAGAUUUGGUUUGAUUUCACAACUAUGGCUCGGCCCUGGAGUGAGGAUGGGGAUUGGAAUGAACCUGGGGCCCCUGGUGGCACCGAGGACAGGCCUUCAGGUGGGGGCAAGGCCAACCGAACACAUCCGGUAAAACAGCGCCCAUUCCCUUAUGAACGUAAAAAUACUUGGAGUGCUCAAAGCUUUAAAAAUUUCAGUUGCGUUCUUGGCCUCUCCAAGUGCCCUUUCAUUCAGGGAAAAGUGUUGUUAUUUCAGCCCAGGGACACUGGUUUUUCAUUUAGCCACGAUAUCAAUAGUCAUUUGGCCAGCCUCUCCACUGCUGGAAACACGAUCCCUAUUCCCGACCCUGCUGUUGAGGCUUUCUGUGCCCUGGAUAACUUGAAAGCCAGUGUUGAAAAUCAGGGCCAGAUUAAGAUGUACAUCAACGAAGUGUGUCGGGAGACCGUGUCACUUUGCUGCAACUCAUUUCUGCAGCAGGCCGGAUUAAAUUUGUUAAUAAUCAUGACAGUUAUUAAUAACAUACUUGCCAAGUCCGUUUCAGACUUGAAGUUUCCUUUGAUACCAGAGGGAAGUGAAUGUGCUGAGGGGCACGUUGUGAAACCCUUGAUGGGUUUGUCUGAAAAGCCAGUCUUGGCGGGGGAGUUGAUGGGAGCCCAGAUGUUGCUCUCCUUCCUGUCCCUCUUUAUCAGGAACACAAACAGACAGCUUCUCCCAGAAAUCCCGGCCUCUUAA